AUGUCUAGAGAAAAUGAAACUCCGCGACAUGUUGUUGUCCUUCGCCGACUGAAGGAUUUCGCGCUGGGCGCUCAUCCGCUGUCGAAAUAUGGCGCCCCCCUUCUCCUACUCCUUGACGCGCUGCUGUGCAGUUUGAUUAUUUCCAAGGUUGCAUAUACCGAGAUUGAUUGGAAGGCAUAUAUGGAGCAAAUCGAGCAGUAUAUCCAUGGGGAACGCGAUUACACCAAGAUCAAAGGCGGCACAGGACCGCUGGUGUACCCUGCUGCACAUGUGUAUAUUUACUGGGCAUUGUAUCAUAUUACAAGUAAAGGAAGGGAUAUCCUACUUGCGCAGCGCAUUUUUGGUGUCCUCUAUCUGGCUACGAUUGCUGUGGUUAUGGCGUGUUAUAGGAGGGCAAAGGCACCCCUUUAUAUAUUCCCCUUGCUCAUCCUUUCGAAACGCCUUCAUAGCAUUUUCAUUCUACGCCUAUUCAACGAUUGUUUCGCGGUUUUCUUCCUCUGGGUCGCCAUUUAUGCUUUCCAGCGCCGGAUGUGGACACUUGGGAGUUUGACAUACAGCUGGGGAUUGGGUAUCAAGAUGUCGUUACUACUUGCUCUUCCGGCAAUUGGGGUAAUGCACUUCCUAGUCAGAGGUGUCCAGGCCAGCGUCAAGCAGGCAUGGCUGAUGCUCCAGAUCCAAAUCAUACUUGCAUAUCCGUUCUCAAAAUAUUUACUUGGUUAUUUAGGAAGAGCGUUUGAGCUCUCGAGACUCUUUUUGUUCAAGUGGACUGUCAAUUGGAGAUUUGUGGGUGAGGAAACCUUCCUAAGCAAGGAAUUCUCGGUUGCGUUGUUAGUUGGGCACAUUAGCACUUUGGUGCUCUUCAUUACGACGAGAUGGUUAAAGCCUGCUGAGAAGCCAGUGACCGAGCUUAUCGCCAAUGCCUUGAGGUUGGAAGCACCACUGGAGAACAUGCAACAUGCCAUUUCUAUUCGGAUAAGCCCGAAUUACAUAUUGACGACGAUCUUGACCGCCAAUGCCAUCGGCAUGCUUUUUGCGCGCUCGUUGCACUACCAAUUCUAUGCCUAUAUAGCAUUGGCAACGCCCUUCCUCCUCUGGCGAAGCGGCAUGCACCCAAUCCUCCAAUACAUCCUGUGGGCAGCUCAGGAAUGGGCCUGGAAUGUCUAUCCGAGUACUGAUGCUAGCUCUAUGGUUGUUGUCGGCAUGCUAUCCGUCACUGUUGCGAGCAUCUGGUGGGGAACACGCAAGGACUUUGUGCAUGCUAAAGGGGAGGGCGCUGCGAGUAAGAAAUCGAUAUAA